AUGGAAGGUCUGCUCGCGAUGACUCUCAGUCACUUUGUCGACACUUUUGUUCCUGUACAAUACUUGGCUCUCCAUGCAGCAUUCACAUACACUCUCGCCAAUGUCCUCACGCCGAUGUCGGCUGCCGCCAUGAAAAGUCCUAGUCAUCAUAGUCCCUCUCCAAUGCCUUCACGAUCCAUCUCUGUCGCCCAGCAGCCUUUACCUAGUGUCCAGUCGGCCCCCAACGUCUUCUGCAACUCACCAUCGUUGUCGGUUUAUGGAACUUCUAUGCCAUCCGUCAUCCCCAGCAUCCCAGACGGUGAAAGCGAGAUUUCGUCAGAAGAGCUAUUUUCAGAGAACAGCGUGGCGCCUACUCAAUGUCGGUGGCAGCAGCGUGGAGGACAGAAAGAACGCUUGGAGGCCAAUUCUUCUUCUCGAUGGCGAAUAACGAUACUUCGAGGACUGAGAAGUUCUGCUCGACCAUGGCAAGAGACCUCGUUUAGCAUAUUCCCGAUCUCGCACCGCGUGUCGCAGAUGCUCUUCCUUGGUGAGCAAUUCUGCGCACUUGUCAUCGAUCCACUCCGCGAUCAACAGAAGCGUGUAGUUCUCAUCUUCGACGCCCUCGACGAGUGCAAGUCUGGACCUCAGCGAAGAGAACUUCUCGAAACGCUUGUUCACUCUGUCAAAGAAGAAAAGAAUCUCAGGAUAUUCAUCACAAAACCUCUUUCGAUCAAGGCCAAGUUGACAGAUCAACUCCACGAUCCUAGCCAUCACGAUAACAUCGAUGACAUUGCGAUAUAUGUCCAUCAAUCGCUUGGCGGGCGCCUGACGCCAGAUAAGGUCCAGCGACUGGUCGAUAAGGCCAAUGGGCUGUUCAUUUGGGCGAGCACUGCGUGUCGGAUGCUCGAUGAUGAAUCAUCUGCAGUCAAUCCAGAGGCCAUAUAUGACCGCCUGAUCUCUACUGAUCAGCCUGGAGCCAUCGACGACGUAUACGACCUCGUCUUCGAGCGCAUUGCCCAAGCAUCCAAGCCAGCUAUCAUUGCAAUGCUCGGUAUGAUGCUUGCUGCGUUCGAACCACUCACCACCCAUGACUUGGAAGAUCUUAUUCAGCAUGUUAAAGGACAAUGGAGUGCCAAAGCGCUGGUACGGAUUCUAGGAAGUGUAUUCAAGGAGGAUCCGACCACCCACUCGAUACAGUUUCGUCACCCCACCUUUUUCGAAUACCUUCGACGACGCUGUAUCACCGAGAAUAUCAAUGAUUGCGACAGGAAUCCUAUCAACAUCGCCCGUGGACAUGGUCAAGCCGCGUCACGGUGUCUUCACCGUCUCAAAUCACGCAACGAAGGCCUCAAGUUCAAAAUUUGCCAAAUCGAGUUGUCUUUCUACUUGAACAGACAGAUUCCAGACCUCGAUGUACGGGUAGCCGAAUUCAUAUCACGGAGGCUUCGCUAUGCCAGUUUGCACUGGCUAUUUCACGUGGCGGCAAUGGGCGAUGACUGGGCACCCAUACUCAAGAUUGAGCUGGCACAUAUAGUCCAAAGUGUUGAUUCCGUUGAUUCUAGGACGCGUGAGAUGGAGAUUCUGAGCAUGGCUGGAGGAGUGGCUGGAGGAGUGGCUGGAGGAGUGAUGCGAGCAGUGACUGGACUGCGAACUGCAACGCAACGUAACAGUCUAGAUGAGUAUAUUAGAGGUCGUAUGAACGACGUCAGACGGUUCUUGAUGGCAUUUGCUGUACCAAUUCAAGACAGCGCGCCUCAUAUCUACAUCUCAUCGCUCCCAUUCAGUCCACUGAAGUCGAUAUUACAUACAGAGGGUUUAAGAGACCAUAUAGAUUCAGUAAUGGCGACCAGAGGGUUUGAAGAAACGUUUCCUGGGCUUCCCAGGACACUGCUAGGUCACCAGAAUAUUGUCACAGCGGCUUCGUUCUCUCCUGAUGGCACAAGAAUUGCCUCUGGCUCUGAGGACAGGACUAUUCGACAGUGGGAUGCAGAGACUGGCCAGCCAGUGGGAGAGCCACUCCGAGGUCAUCAAGACUCGGUCAGCGCUGUCGCAUUCUCACAAGAUGACACGCGAAUUGUCUCUGGCUCAAGAGGCAGCACAAUUAGGCAGUGGGAUACAGAGACUGGCCAGCCAGUGGAGAGCCGCUCCGAGUCAUCAAUUGUUGGUCAACGCUGCCGCAUUCUCACCAGAUGGCACGCAAGUUGUCUCUGGCUCCGUUGA